GCGGGCGCGGAACGAGGCUGCCACCCACUUGGGCGACCUCAGCGGCAGGGGAGUAUCGGGGGCCUGUGCAGCCAUGCGGGCGGCGGCGGGGGGCGCGCGGGCGGCCGCGCUGGCGCUGCUGCUGGGGGCGCUGCACGGGGCGCCGGGGCGCGGCGAAGAGUACGACUACUACGGCUGGCAGACCGAGCCGCUGCACGGGCGCUCGUACUCCAAACCACCCCAGUGCCUCGACAUCCCCGCCGACCUGCCGCUCUGCCACACCGUGGGCUACAAGCGCAUGCGGCUGCCCAACCUGCUGGAGCACGAGAGCCUGGCUGAGGUGAAGCAGCAGGCGAGCAGCUGGCUGCCGCUGCUGGCCAAGCGCUGCCACUCGGACACGCAGGUCUUCCUCUGCUCGCUCUUCGCGCCCGUCUGCCUCGACCGGCCCAUCUACCCUUGCCGCUCGCUGUGCGAGGCCGUGCGCGCCGGCUGCGCGCCGCUCAUGGAGGCCUAUGGCUUUCCCUGGCCCGAGAUGCUGCACUGCCACAAGUUCCCCCUGGACAACGACCUCUGCAUCGCUGUGCAGUUCGGGCACUUGCCCGCCACCGCGCCUCCAGUGACCAAGAUCUGCGCCCAGUGUGAGAUGGAGCACAGCGCUGAUGGCCUCAUGGAGCAGAUGUGUUCCAGCGACUUCGUGGUCAAAAUGCGCAUCAGAGAGAUCAAGAUAGAGAACGCGGACCGGAAGCUGAUUGGAGCCCAGAAAAAGAAGAAACUGCUCAAGCCGGGGCCCCUGAAGCGCAAGGACACCAAGAGGCUGGUGCUGCACAUGAAGAACGGCGCUGGCUGCCCCUGCCCGCAGCUGGAGAGCCUGGCCGGCAGCUUCCUGGUCAUGGGCCGCAAAGUGGACGGACAGCUGCUGCUCACGGCUGUCUACCGCUGGGACAAGAAGAACAAGGAGAUGAAGUUCGCGGUCAAGUUCAUGUUCUCCUACCCCUGCUCCCUCUACUAUCCCUUCUUCUAUGGGGCCGCAGAGCCCCACUGAAGGGCACUCCUCCCUGCCCCACCCAGCCAGCUGUGCCUUGUCUCUGUCUCCACCCCUGGGGCGCGCUCUCUCCUCCUGCCCACCUGGCCUCCCCCUACUCCCAGGCUGACCCAGCCCCUGCCGGAGGGUGGUUCGUGCAGAGCUGCUACCAGCACAGGCACUAAGGGAUGGACAUGGAGCCAGGCUGUCCUUGACCGAGGGGUUCUGGGGUCCUUGAAGGUUUCCUCCCAUAGGAGCAGAGGUUUCUCAGUUGGGAGAAAGUAGGCAGAGAGAAAAGAGAGCUCUAGGCAGCCUGAGGAGGUGGUUUCCAGGAUAGCCGGUGGUGUCAGCUCCCCUCUGUUGGCGGUGGGGCCUCGCCUGGGAGAGGGAAGUCCUGGUAUUAGGCUGAGCUACUUGAGGGACAGUUCUUGGCCCCCAGGGCCCCUUCACGUGUCCUCAUUGUAGCCCCCCCAAAAGGAAAGGGUCACAGUGCCCUCCAGGCACGCCUCCCCUCCUUCCCCGUCUCUGCCCGUUUCCCUUCCCGCUGGACCGGAGAGAAGCCCAGCCCAGCCCCGCUCCCAGACGCGCACUCCUCAGCCUCCGCAUGUCCCUUUUAUCCUGAUGACCAGUAAAUUACUGCUACUGCUGUGAGGCCAUAGAUACUAGACUGAUGCAGGUAGGGUUUGGUUUUCUAUUUUUUUUUAAAGUUUUUAAUUAAAUCAAAGAAAACAAA